AUGGCAAUGAACUCCUUUCGAGGGAGCGCGUUGAAAAUGUUCCAUCAGUUCAUAAAGAACAUGACUACGGAAGAGAAGCACGCACUAACCACUGACGACAUUAUCAAAAGUGUCGCAGUGGCGUACGACUAUCAGGUAGAUCUCAUUAGAGAAAUCGCGAACGUCGUCCGCAAGCCCAUUAAGUCCUCAAAGGAUCUGAAAAAGUUUAUGGACGUGUAUGAUUCGUUCCUCAAGACGCUGAAGCCCGAAGAAUUGGCGAGAUAUCUUAUCCUUGGAUUACACCCAACGUCGUACCAAAAGGACUAUCGCAACAAAGCUGAGCUGGGAUUUCGUCAGCUAAUUGUUGAAAUGAUGUCAUCAUGGAAGAACGACGAAAAGGAGUGGACCGGAAAACGCAAUCGGUCACAGGACGAUGACACCCCAAGAGGGAAACAUCGCAAACGCGAUGCGCAGUCUUCCAACAAAUGGAAAAAUUACGACAAGUUCUCGGACAGUGGUAAAACCGGGAACAAGGUUUACAACAAGAACCCCAACGGAAAUGACCAAAACAAGUCCAGCCGAUCCAGUGGUCCACAAUAG